AUGAAUGAACAAUCUGCCAAGGCCAACAGUUAUCAUGUAACUGCUUUCGAUCGAUUUAACCGCACCUUCAGUGUUCGAGAAACAAUUGACCACAAUGAAGGAUUGCCGAGACAACAAUAUCGGGUUCUACUAGAUGAUCAUUGGUGCGACUGUGGUAAGUUUCAAGCAUUUUGUAUGCCUUGCUCCCAUGUCAUAACAACAUGUGCAUUUGCGCACCGAGACGCAUUAUCGCUAUUAUCUCCAAUUUACAAGGCUGAGACAUUGCUACAAGUAUACAGUGUAGAAUUUCCAGUAGUGGCAAAGGAGGAUUACUGGCCUCAGUAUGAUGGGGAGGUAGUAUGGCAUAAUGACACGAUGCGACGAAAUAAAAAGGGUCGCCCCAACAGUAUUCACAUUCAAACUGAGAUGGACGUGCAUGACAAAAUGGAAAGAAAAUGCAGCAUUUGUCGUCAACUAGGGCACGGUAAAAAGAAAUGUCCUAGCCGUGGAACAACCUCAUCACAUGUUUAA